UUUUCUCUUCUUUUUAUGAUUGUCAUUUCUUCAAAUUGGCGUGAUCUUUCUUCAACGAGAAGAAGAAGAAGAAGAAGAAGAAGAAGAAAAAGAAGAUAUUUACUUUUCCGUCGAAUCACAACUGCGCAUCUUAUCAUUAGUGCUUGGACGUCCUCGGUGUUUAUAGAGGCGAGAGUUAACCGGUCGCUUAGUCAGGUCACGAACAAGACGCAUAAUUCGCGACAGUUUGCCGUCAUCUCGCGUACACAUACGCAUGGGAUCAUGUCGAACAAUCAAACAGAAAGAGCAAUGUCAAGGCUAGAAGACAAUCAGCAUUUUCCAGAAUCAGUGGAAAUUCCAAUGACUGAUGAAACAGCUUCAAGUACAACAAAUGAAAAUAUCGAAGUGCACACAAGACUAACCGCAGAAACAAAUAACAGUGAAGAUGAAUGUAAUGGACAUUCACCAAAUGGAAAAUUGAGAAUUGAUAAACCAAUAUGUUUAACAAUAGAAGACGAUGACAAUCCACCUCCAUAUUCGGCGUUAAUACCACAAAAUCAUGCAGCCUGGUAUUAUAAAUUUUCCCCCGAAAAUAAUUCCAAUACAGUGAGAAAUUCAAUAACUCUAGAACAAUUUCAACAAAGAAUGACCACAUCAAAUCAUCAUCAUAAUAAUGAAACAUGUCCCGACUGCACUAGACCAAAUUCUUUGGAUUCAACAUUUGUCACAUCAAAAUUACACUCAAAUUUCACAACGCCUGAUAAUUUAAGAAUAGGAAAAAUGUCAAAUUUACCUCGCAGAUAUGGUACAAUUUUGAUGGCAGUGAUCGUUGUCUUAUCAUUAAUGGUACUCUCCUUAAUUGUCCGUUUCGUCGUGGAGAGAAGUUUUUCGCGUAGUUAAGACACUUCCUAAUUGUAACAAUUUUUACCAUCUAGUAUAGUUUACAUAAUAAGCCUUUGUAUAAUUACUAUUGCUCAAUAUAGAAUUUUUUUACUCUA